AGAAGAAGAAGAGGAAGAAGAAGAAGGUUAUGAAGCAGAACAGUAUGCUGGCUUUGUCAAGCCAACGUAAUAAACUGCUGUAGCCUGUACACCUCUCACACCUCCUGCACACAGAAAAACCAUCAUUUAAUUCUCCAGAUAGCCAUUUCCUCUUUGUCUCUCGCCUGACACAGAACAUCAAAGGCCUGGUCCGCAAGCAUGCUUUUCUUUCUCUGUGUGAUGGGUUUGCUGUCUGAGACUCUGUGCUCUUCAGCUUUAGAAGCAGAACCUGGAGAUAAUGUCACUAUUUGGUGCGAGCAUGAGAUGGAUUAUCCAGGUUACAUCUUCUGGUUCUACCAAUACCUCAAUACUGCUUCAUUAAGUACCACUUCAGUACCACGUCUUGUUGGGUGCAAGCAUUUUAAAACCUCAGGCUCGCCACAAAACUGUUAUUUCUAUGAUGACCCUGAGCGCAUGGUGAUUUCUGUUUAUGGCAAGAGGACGUCUCUCACCAUCACUGCAGUAAACGUCUCUGAUACAGGACUGUAUUACUGCAGCUCCAUGCAACUGAACCAAAUUUCAUUUAGCAACUCAAGCUACUUGAAGGUCAACGGUGGAAAUGAAACACUUCCCAAGAACUCGCAGGACAAAGCACAAGAUCCAGACUCUUCUGCUGUGUUCUUCAUGCUGAAUGUGGUGUUUGGUGCCAUGAUCGUGAUUCUUUUCGGUGUCCUGAUCUUCAUCAUACUGACGAACAGAAAAACACAUAGAGUUGAUAAUGCUGAGGCACAUCAGGAGCAUGACUCUGUGAAUUACGGACCUGUACAGCUCUGUAAGAAAACUAAGAGGACAAGGGGGCGUGGUGAAAUAAAGGAACUGUGUGAUGUUUAUUCAUAUGUUGUAUAUCAGCAAUUGGCAUAGCAAUGUCGGGAUAGCAUGCUCAUGUAGCAUCAGAGGGGUAACUAUACACUCUGGUCACAGUUUGAGUCACGAUACUGGCUUCAUGAUUUACGAUUCGAUUCUCUGAAUGUUUUGAACAAAAAUUGAAUGAAGAAAAUUUAUGACUGAAAAUAAUUAAUAAAUAUUGAUAAGUUAGCUGUAAACAGUAAAUUAUAUAGACUCCUAUUUCUAAACCAUAAACAAUGCAAAACUAUGUACAUUUUAUUGUCUAUUAAAGUAAAUAAAUAACAAAUUACUAUGAUCAGAGGAAUUAGAGCUCCAAAGUCGGCUAAAAUGCCCUGUAGGACUCAUGCAGUCUCAUAUUUUGGCUCCAUAAAUUGCAGCAGCGUGGGACUGGUGUCGUUUGAAAGCUACCGAAGAGCUCAUUUUAACUGUUAUAACAUGGUUGUGUCACCGUAUAAUCUAUAAUGUGCGUCAGUCUUUAUGUUCCAGAGCUCUCUGCACACUCAUCAUUUUUGUCCCAUUCUGUGUAAACUCUAGAGACUGUCUGCAGUCACAGUUUUUCCCCAUUCUGAUGUUUGAUCGGAACAUCAACUGAAGCUCUUGACCUGUAUCUGCAUGAUUAUAAUGCUUUGUGCCCCUGCCACAUGACUGGCUGAUUGGAUAACUGCAGACAUGUUCACAAGUCCCUGAAGUCCACGUCAAGUCUCUAGUUCUUUAUUGUAAUUAACAGUGUAUGAGGAUAAAACAGUUCAGAAAUAUUAAAACCGAUUACUUCUAGACUAUGUCUUGUUCAUUUAUUCAAAAUUGUCUAAUAAAGCACACAAGCUUUUACUUAAAUCAUUAAUUUAAUUUGUAUACA